CUGUUAAAGAUGGCCGAAUUACCAACACAGUCCACAUCAGCAGGAAACAGUUAUUCCUUGGAUAUCAACCAGUUGGAACAAAAUGCGAAGCAAAUGCAUGAGUCUUUGCUCGCCAAACCUCCGCUAGACAACUCAAAUAAAUUCCAUGCAUCAAAUGCUGAGUUUCAAUUCGUUACAACGUCCAACCAGUCUUCACUUGAAGGCGCAAUUGUUGGAAAUGAAAAAGAGACAAACAACUUACCUUCACCCUAUGGUGUCCGCAACCGGGGCAUUGCUGGAAGUCUCCUUGAAAAUAAUGGCUUCCAGUGGUUACUUGAAGAGGAUGUUGAUGAGAAUGCCGUACAGAAGCCACUCCUAGAAGAGUUGGAUAUAGACAUAAAAGACAUUUAUUACAAACUGAGAUGUGUGAUGUUUCCACUUCCACAGCUGGGGUUUAACCGGAAAAUCGUACGAGAUAACCCUGACUUUUGGGGACCCCUUGUCGUAAUUCUCCUUUAUUCAUUGGUUUCUCUCUAUGGUCAGUUCAGAGUUGUUUCCUGGAUCAUUACAAUAUGGGUUUUUGGAUCUCUGAUUGUUUUCACAUUGGCAAGAGUUCUUGGGGGAGAAGUAACUUAUUCACAGUGUUUGGGUGUGAUAGGAUAUUCCGUUUUACCACUAGUUAUUAUGGCAUCCAUAAUGCCAGUUGUUCAUUCUUUGCCACUUGUCAGUACUGUUUUCAAAUUCAUUGGUGUUGUGUGGGCAGCUUACAGUGCUGGUUCUCUCCUCUGUGUUCAAGAGUUACAACAGAAGAGGCCCCUUCUCCUCUACCCCAUCUUCCUUUUGUACAUAUAUUUCUUUUCUUUAUACACUGGGGCUUAAACACAAGUGGGUGUGGCAUUUGGAAUAAAACUUACUGGGAUGUAGGAA